AUGAGUACCACAGAAGUUCCGACAAUAGAUUUGACAUGGGAUCAGUCGGACCACAGCAAUGAGAACGAGAAUGACGCGUUGGAAGAGGAGCAGUUUUACUCGCUGUCUUACUCUGAUACAAGCGAUAGUGCAUCACUCGGUAAAACCAAGGGCUCAAAAAAGAUCGCAGGAAAGGGAGAUGACGCGAAUCCGUCCGAUGGUAGUUUGGACUCUGACGCGGAGUUGAGUUUCAGCAGUCAUGAUAAUAGGGAUAAGUUGGAGGUGUUGAAGAAGUUGCAAUAUUUGAACAAUGUGUCUAGUCCUGUGAAAUCAGACAGUAACGCGACACCGCUCAUUGAUCUUCUGCGAAGAAAUCCAGCAAUAUUGGAUACUAGUAAUGAAAACGAUCCGAAAGCGCACAUUUCAGAACCCGAUGGUGGGGAUAACUUAGAAGAGGGAACAGGAGCAGGUUUGAAAUACAACUCUAUAAAGGAUGAGCGUGGUCCACUGGUGGAGAAGUCUCCGCUUGGUAAUAGAAAUAUUGUACAUGGUGAUGAUCGUGAGUUGCUCCCGUUGACUACGGAACGUUUGUCAGCAGAAUUGAAAUCUUCACUUCCGUCGCCAUUCAUUUCGAGGGAAAGUGUUGAAGACUGGAAAUUAAGCAAUGUGAAGGAGUCGACAGAGAUUGAAGAACGAAAGCUGGGCAAGCAUCUGGAGAAGACAAAUGAUCUUUCAAAAAAUUAUUUGGACCCGUCUAAGUUUCCCUUUGGGAAUGAUCAACCAAAUGUAUCCACUUUUCCAACGAACUCAACCGGGACUGAGCACAUUUCUGAAAAAGAACCUACGAAAAAGGAAGAGCCGACAAGUACCCAUAUACCUUACAACUUGAAAUCAUCAGAGACAUCCCAAGAGCGAGAAAAGAUAGAUGACUCUAAAGAUAUAUCACAAGAGCUGAAAGAUAUGAUGGGAAAUCGUACUAAAAAACAAACUAUUAUGCACCAACAAGCAGCGAAACACUGGCCUAGACUUCUUGGCUUGUAUGAUAAAACGAAAAGUCGGGCUGGCGCUUUAAAGAAUGCAAGUUCUUCAUCUGCAAACGAAAAGGGCCUUCAUGAAACCAAUUCAAGCUAUGAUAAGAAUAUCGGUUCUGAACGAGAUGAUGGGUUGAACGACACACUACCCAAACCAGUGAGAGAUAAGCUCAUCAGGGACGAUUCAGGAAUAUCUGCAGAAUCAAAGGAUCUUUCUGCUAUCCAAGGUAAGAACGAACUGCAUUCUCCCGAUUUGGUGGACAAAGAUACAGAAAAAGAAUCUGUUUCCGACCCCGACAUUUCAGCUAAUCCCAAUGACGCCCAGAUGGAUAAGCAUACACAAACGGUUUUACCAUCUGUUUUACAUAAGUCUGAAUCCGAGCAGGCGAUAAACACUACACCAAAAAUUGAACAACAUAGACACCAAGAACAAACAACUUCUAAACAAGAUGGUGCAUUGGAGGUGAAACAAGAGCAAAAUGGAGAAAUAAGCGCCGCUUUACCACAUUCGACACAUGAUAAGGAAGCAUCUCAACUAAAGUUUCCCAUAUUUAGAGGCAAAAGUGAAGAAAGAGAUGAACGUGAAAUUCUGAUUUUGGAUAGCGGUUCGGAAGAGGUUGUGAUGAGCCCAACUACAGAACCGCAACCCAUGAACAGCGAAGAAGAGGAACAGCGUGUGAAUGGAUACAAGAGGAAACAUGAAGAAAUUGAGCCAAAAAACGGAGAUGAAACUCAGGACGUGAAAAGAUCGCAUAAUGAAGUUAUCAAAAGUUUCAAACCUGAUACCUAUGAUAGGACAGACGCAGAGAAUGAUAUUAUCAUUCUUUCUGAUACGGAGAAUGGUUCAGUACGUAAUGAACCUCCACCAGCUGAUACUUCAUUGACUGCGAACACCAACAGAGAAAGGAUAGAAAUGAUGGCAAAGAAGGCCAAUCAGGAUUUCGAUAAUGUGAAGGCCGAGUAUACAACCAAAGAGCGUGAGCUUACUUUAAUAUCAAACCGAGAAACAUCAAGCAAGUUGGUUCUCGAAAGAAAAUUGAAGAAAAGGCAGCAGGCCGUAAAAGAUGCCCAUGCAAAAGUUCAACUGUUGGAGAAAAAAAUGAGCUUGAAUACCAACUCAAACUCUAAAACGAUAGAGAUUUUGCUUGCGGAUGCGAUUGCAAAUUGGGAAAGACAGAAACAAAGACGAGAUAACACAGAGCUGAAAUUGAAGUCAUGUAUAAAAGAAUCGAUAUUGACCUCUACUAAACUUUCGGUACUGCAACAAGAAAAGAAGAAAGUCUUGACGCUGGCGCAGAAUGAUCUUGCCCUUGCACAGAUGAAUAAGCAAACUACAGAGACCGUCGAACGUCGGAAAGAAUUACUGAAAGAAAAAGAAACCUUAAACAACAUGUUGCGAGAAGGUACUUUAAGUGAAGACAAACAUCGGUCCUUGAUUGAAAAGAUCCAAAAACAACUAAAUGAGUUGGACUUACACAGAAAUGGUACCCCUGAGAAUGCGCUUCGUAUUCAAAAUCCACAGCACCAGGAGGCAGGCCGUCCAAAUGGUCGGGGCUCCUCUUCUGCUGAGGUCAGAGAAGAUCUCUUCCGAAGGUCAAUUUCAAAGGCAAUAGAGUUGUUGAAUGCUAAUGAGACGCGUACGGCCCAGACGAAGAAGCUGUUGGUGACUCAUCUGAAUGCACUCGAGAGAUUUUAUUCCAACUUCUUUUUGGGUUACAGGACACCAGGACCUCAUUUACUAUCUUUGAGAGAUUCUGUGCAGCUCUUAUUCGCCAAUGGGGUCAAAAUGCCAAUAGUAUUCGAAACGUUGGAGGAUCUGGGACUGGACUACGUAAACACAAACAUUUUGCCCGUGAGUAGAAGGAAAGAAUAUCUUAAAAGUAUUGAAAUUGCGAAGCAACUAGUACUGAAAUCACAACGGGACCAUUCCAAUAAACAGAUGAUUAUUGAUUCUUUGAACGAGUUGCUUCGGUUAAGAAGUUCCGUGGAUAUGGGGCAACCGCCCAUGUUACCGCAUAUCUACCAGUUUGGUGUGAACGUGGUGAACCUGAUAAACCAGGGCCUCAAAAUGCAAAAAGUGUACGAUGUUUUAGUAUCGUACAAGAUACCGAUAAACGCCGUUGACUUAUCAAAUUUCCAAGCCAAAUAUAUGCCACAGGAGAAUCAGCAGUCACAUACGUUUAUCAACCAGUCCCGUAACAGCUUUAUUGGAAGUAAUGUGAACCCAUUGGACCAUCCGAAUUCUUCCAUACAAAUGCCACCGCCUCCCAUGGAGCAGCGUGUGGCUAAUAUUUACGAUACAGAGGAUCAGAAAUCGAUCCGUGAACUGUUGAGCAGUUUGAAGGAACACGAGCACACAGCUGAGGGUGAAUUACCGACCCCUGAAGAUAUGACUGUGAACCUGUUAAAGCAUCAGAAGAUUGGAUUAAAAUGGCUGAUUGACCAGGAGAAGAUCAAAAAGUUUAGAGGCGGGUUGUUGGCGGAUGACAUGGGUCUUGGUAAAACGGUUCAAGCGCUCGCACUGUUGUUGGACCACCGCUCUGAGAAUCCCAAGAAGAAGACUACAUUGAUUGUAGCACCUGUAGCCGUUUUGCAUGUGUGGAGAGGUGAAAUCCGAACCAAGAUGAAGGAAAGUGCUGGAUUUACCUCGUCCAUAUUCGGAUCUUCGAGCGUGAAGGUGAAGCGCUGGAAGGAGUUGGCGAAGUUUGAUGCUGUUUUGAUCUCUUACCAGACGUUGGCGAAUGAGUUUAAGAAACAUUGGCCCCAGAGGUUAAGAGAUACGGAUAAGAAGCAGCUACCUGCGAUUCCGGACCUUGAGGCAUUGAACUCAUUGAAGACUCAACACGAGUAUUUCUCGCCUUUCUUUACGGACGACUCCAAAUUUUACAGAGUCAUUUUGGAUGAGGGUCAGAAUAUCAAGAACAAAAACACUCAGGCGGCUAAGGCUUGCUGUGCUGUGCAGAGCAAGUACAGGUGGAUUCUAUCCGGUACACCAAUCCAAAACAACAUGGGGGAACUGUAUUCUUUGAUUAGGUUCCUAAGGAUAUCGCCUUACAACAAGGAGGAAAGGUUCAAAAGCGAUAUUGGGAACGCUUUCUCAAACAAGAAGGGGUCGAUGUACGAUAAUCAAGAUCGGGCGAGAGCAAUCAGGAAAGUGCAAGUUCUUUUGCGAGCGAUCAUGCUGAGGAGAACUAAAGACGAUAAGAUAGACGGGCAUCCGAUUUUGGAGUUGCCCAGCAAGACAGUGAAAGUGGAGAGUGACCGGCUUGUCGGCGAUGAAUUGGAGUUUUACAGUGCUUUGGAGGCAAAGAACAAGAAACUAGCAGCUCAGCUGAUGAAACGGAAAGUGCGUGGAAAUUACUCGUCAAUGUUGACUCUUCUGUUGCGGUUGCGGCAAGCGUGUUGCCAUUCUGAGCUUGUUGUUAUUGGUGAGCGGAAGAGUGCCUCUACGAAAGUUGCCAACGGUAAGUCCCUAGAGUCCUGGGUCAGUCUAUACAAGGCAAUCCAGCGGAUGUCUCGCGGGGCGAGAGAUCUUGUGGAGGUCUCGCUGAGCGGUAUGAACUGUAUUUGGUGUUCCGAACAACUGGAGUUGGAGAACACGAGUGUACUAACUGGUUGUGGCCACUUACUGUGUGACGCAUGCAUUGAGCCCUACGUCGAGGAAAGAGCGGAGGCUGCAACCGCCCGCCGGGGUCCCAAGGGUGAACUGUACGUCCCCUGCACUGAUUGUCGUUCGUUAACGUGUGAGACGGAUAUUGUUACGUACCGUCUCUAUGACCAAGUGGUGAACCAGGAGUUCACUAGGGCUGAUUUAGAGGACGAGUACAAUCGGGAGAGGGAGAACCAGCGGACUCACAAGAGCAACUACCAAGUCGAUUUUUCGAAGUUACAGAUGUCUACGAAGAUGCAACAGUGUAUCAACGUGAUCAAGAAAGUGUUUGCCGAGUCCAGCACCGAGAAAAUACUUGUGUUCUCUCAAUUCACGUCCUUCUUCGAGUUGUUUGAGUACUUUCUUCGGGAACAACUUGGUGUACGGUACUUGAAGUACGUUGGGUCAAUGCGUGCAGACCAACGGUCUGAAGUGAUCAGUAAGUUUUACCGAGAGGCGGAGACACGGAUUCUUUUGAUCUCGAUGAAGGCUGGGAAUUCUGGGUUGACGUUAACGUGCGCAAACCACGUCAUUAUAGUGGACCCCUUCUGGAACCCGUACGUCGAGGAGCAAGCGCAGGACCGGUGCUACCGUAUCAGUCAAACGCGCGAGGUCACCGUGUACCGUCUGUUCGUAAAGAACUCCGUUGAGGACCGGAUUUCCGAAUUGCAGAAGCGCAAGCGGGAGAUGGUCGAUGCUGCGAUGAGCGCGGAUAAGAUGAAGGAGGUGAACAAGCUUGGUGCCCGCGAGAUCGGGUUCUUGUUUGGAUUGAACAGUUUAUAG